AUGCUGGGCGUCCUGCUGCUCCUCCUCCUGCUCAUGCCGCUGCCGGCGACUGCAACGGCACAGCUCUGUGGCAGCGGCGGCAGCUACGUAGCCAACGGCACCUACGAGUCCAACCUCGCCGCCCUCGCCUCCACCCUCCCCGCCAACGCCUCAUCCUCCCCGCAGCUCUUCGCUGCCGCCACUGCCGGCCAAUCCCCAGACGCAGUGCACGCGCUCGCGCUCUGCCGGGGCGACUUCGCCAACGACACCGCAUGCAGGGACUGCGUCGCCGCCUCCUUCCAGCACGCGCAGCGGACAUGCCCCAGCGACAAGGCCGCCACCGUCUACUACGAGUACGACAACGACCAGAGACCAGGCUGCGUGCUCGGCUUCUCCGGCGACGAUGGCUUCCUCAACCCAGCGGCCAAUCUCACCGGGAACGGCACUCUCUUCCAGGCGUGGAACACGGGGAACAUCUCCGGCGUCGCCAGUGUCAUCGCCGCCGGCGUCCACGAGCUGCUGACCGCCACGUCCGAGGACGCAGCCGCCAACGUGACGAGGCGGUACGCCACCGUGGUCAUGGAUUCUGCCCCGACGCUCUACUCUCUAGCGCAGUGCACGCCGGACCUGUCCGCCGGCGACUGCCAGGCGUGCCUCCAGCGGCUCAUCGGCAUGGUCAACGCCACCACGUCUGUGCGCCUGGGAGGACGGAUCUUCGUGCUGCGUUGCAACGUCAGGUUCGAGACUUUCAUGUUCUUCGAUCAUCCCAUGCGGCGGAUCAGUCCAUCGUCCAACGCUCCGGCUCCUCCCACAGUUCAUGGAACGCAGCCUUGGGUAAUUGCUAUAUCUGUAGCUGCUCCACUAGCACUGGUUGCUUUCUGCGUCACUGUCUACUGUCGUCGCCUCAGAGGAAGAAAGAACAAAAAUGGUGCAAAGAUACUACGAGAAAAACGUAGUUACAAGUUGCAAGAAGGAGAUCAAGAACUAGUAUGGGAUAUGGAAGCAGGAUUAUCCGGCUUCACAGUUUAUGAUUUUCACGAGAUAUUGGAAGCUACAAGUAACUUUUCCGAAGAAAAUAAACUUGGAGAAGGAGGAUUUGGCCCUGUAUAUAAGGGUCAUUUUCUUCAAGGAUUGGAGAUAGCAGUCAAGAGACUUGCUUCACAUUCAGGACAAGGUGUCUUAGAGUUCAAAAAUGAAGUUCAGCUCAUAGCCAAACUUCAACAUAGAAAUUUGGUUAGACUCUUGGGAUGUUGCUCCCAAGGAGAGGAAAAAAUAUUGGUCUAUGAAUACUUGCCAAACAAAAGUUUGGACUUCUACAUAUUUGAUGAAUGUAGAAAAGCUUUAUUGGAUUGGAACAAACGUCUUGCAAUAAUUGAAGGAAUAGCAGGACUUCUUUACCUACAUAAGCACUCUCGUUUGCGUGUGAUACAUCGAGAUCUUAAACCAAGCAACAUUCUCUUGGACGAUGAAAUGAAUCCUAAAAUUUCAGAUUUCGGCCUAGCAAAAAUAUUUAGCUCAAAUAACACGGAAGAAGACACCACAAGAAGAGUGGUUGGUACUUAUGGUUACAUGGCUCCGGAGUAUGCCUCCGAGGGCCUAUUCUCCAUCAAAUCCGAUGUAUUCAGCUUUGGUGUCUUAAUUCUUGAGAUCCUUAGUGGGAAAAGGAAUUCUGGUAGCCAUCAAUGUGGAGGUUUCAUCAACCUCCUCGGAUAUUCUUGGCAGUUAUGGGAUGAGGGAAACUGGAUUGAUAUUGUUGAUGCAUCAUUGACUCCCAAGUCUCACCCAGCAGAAAUGAUGAGGUGCAUCAACGUCGGACUACUAUGUGUGCAAGAGAAUGCGGCUGAUCGACCGAACAUGUUGGAUGUUACUGCAAUGCUAAGCAGCAAGACAAUGCUCCUGCGGGGGCCAAAGCACCCGGCAUAUUUCAACCUAAGGGUAGGCGAUGAAGAGGAUUCCUUUGCUACCCACUCCUACAGUGUUAAUGAUAUAACCAUAUCUGUAGCAACUCCUAGAUAG